CCAGGCUCGCGGCGCUCCAGGCUCGCGGCGCUCCAGGCUCGCGGCGCUCCAGGCUCCAGGCUAGCAGUACUACAGGCUUCCUGCGCCAUGAACAUCAACCAGACAGUCCCUCUGGGCCAAAUCAACCGCGCUUUUUCUCCCCCCAACUAUGAGCUACUCUCAGAAGAGAGAGAUCCGCGAAUGCCGGGGCAGGAUUCAGCCUCCACUGUCAUCAACGUCCACUCCUAUGAGCCUCACCCGAGGGAUUUCUUGGUCUGGUCCGUGUUCAACACGUUGUACAUGAACUUUUGCUGCCUGGGUUUUUUCGCGCUGGUCUUUUCAGUAAAGGCCCGGGACCGGAAGCUGGUGGGUGACCUAGAUGGGGCCCGGAGCUAUGGGUCCACAGCCAAGUGUCUCAACAUCUUCGCUCUGAUC